CAUAACCUUAAAUAUUACAGUCUGCUUUCUCCUAUUUAUAUGGCCUGCUUUAAAUUAAAUUGCUAAUGUUGUGAUGUAUAUAUGAAAUAUGUCACUAGAAUAUUGGAAAGAUCUUAUAGCUGCAACGGCUGUGAUUACUACAGUAUUACAGUUUUUAACAGGAAUUUUAAUAUGCCAAAAGAUUGUGCAGAAAGGUAGCACAGGUGAUACUUCAGUAUUUCCUUUCAUCUGUGGCUUUCUAUCAUGUAGUUUAUGGUUGCGUUAUGCAUUUUUAACAAAAGAACAAUCGGUGAUAUUAGUCAAUACUAUAGGAGCCACAUUACAACUGGCUUAUAUUAUAACAUUCUAUGUUUACACUAUAAAUAAAACUUCAGUCCUACGUCAAUUCUUAGCAACCUUGUUGUUAAUUGUAACAACAUUAGUUUAUGCUGAAUAUGAAAAAAAUGCUGAAAAAGUUGUUAAAGUUAUGGGUAUUAUGUGUUGUUGUGUGACUGUAACAUUUUUUGGGGCGCCUCUAACAAUGUUAUUUCAUGUUAUUCGAGUUAAAAGUGCAGAAAGUUUGCCUUUUCCAAUAAUUUUAGCAUCCUUUCUUGUUUCCGGUCAAUGGUUUAUAUAUGGCAUACUUAUUCAAGACACCUUCAUACAAAUACCUAACUUUCUAGGAUGUCUUCUAUCAAUUAUUCAACUGUCCUUAUUUUGUAUUUAUCCUACAAAGAAAAACAAUGAUACAUCGUAUCUGAUAAAUCACCAGUUUUAA